AACAUUUUUUACGUGGAAACUUAACAGUUUCUUCUUCGAUAUAAUCAGAUGAUACAACGCCAAUAAUCAUAUAAGAAAGAAAAUAAUUCUUGGAUAGUCCGGAUAUUCUUCACUAAACAAUAGGUGGAUAACAGGAACAAUCUCAGCAGAGACUGCGUGCUGGGUAGCCAAAUGAGUGCGUGUUGACGAGCGAAAUGUAUCAAGACUCAGCUUUACAGCACUGGGAAUCACCCUUUGAGGUUUCACCACGGAUCGUAUCGUAUGUAGCCUUUGUGUUCUUUCUUCCUUAGAUUGCAAGCAAUCCUCAACUCAUCAUAGAAAAUAGCGGAAGAGAAACAAGACACUCAACCCUUUCCGGACCUGGGAGAGAUCUGGAAGGAGCUGACCAAUCCAGCGACGACGACCAUACACGUACCGACCAGAAGGAGUCAGAGAUGGCAUCUACAGUGCCAGGCGUGUGGGUGGUGCCCCGGACAACGGCCAGAGAAGACACUGACGAAGCAAAAGUUAGGCAUCCCAACCACAACCAUGCUCUGGCCAUAUGUUAUCUAGAUCUAGAUGGAACGGUUUGCCAGGAAUGCAGUCAAACUGUCGGAGGACGUGCGUAUGGAUGUGAGGAUUGCGAUUAUUAUCUGCACUUGUGGUGCCUCCCGAAGGUACAUACUCAACUCCAUCCGAAACACCCUCUUAUCCUCAGAUACACAGAUGGGGAUGGUAUGCAUCAUUGCCAGAUCUGUGAAUUGGGAGUGUACCUCACCUUCCACUGUGACCCUUGCGGCUUCCAACUAUGCGUUUAUUGCAUGUCUUUAGCCCCUGCCUGGAGAUUCGAACUCGAUGGACACCCUUUUGCAUCCAUUGAGGUAGGAGUAAAUGAAGACUCUCUUGUCGCUAAGUUUUUUCGUGGUCGUGCCUGCCCCAUCUGCAGCAAAAGUGGUGAUACCAAGUUCUUCAAGUGCAUGUCUCCUGGCUGUUCCAGCUUUUGCCAUUUCCACUGCAUUCCAUUUGACGUGCCCAAGUCCAUCAAGCACGAGUAUCACUAUCAUCCUCUUUCCUUCACCGAGUCUUACGCUGAAGAUGGUGGGGUUGUACAUUACUGCGACGCGUGCGAAGAAGAGAGAGAUCCAGAGGCUCCAGUGUAUUGCUGUGAAGAAUGCGACUUUAGUGCUCAUACUGCUUGCGCGAUAUCCAAAGUUCUGCCAGCACUGAUUGCCGAGAGGGAGGCUAAUCCAUCAAUGGUUCCUGUUCCUCUCUGCUUAGACCCAGUCCGCACGGAACUAAACAACAAGAUCGAUCGACUCCUCCACGAAGAGAACUAUCACAUGGGGAGAUUGGAAGAAAUUGUAGCAGAAAUGGAGAAAACGGAGACAAUGCGUGCUACGUAUUCUGCAUUUACGCAGAGGGAAGAAUACAGCAGAAAAGAAUAUAAUAGAAUAAAAUAGAAUAGAACAAGGCAACGAAGUAUGUGACGCGAAAUCUCAUGUCUUCUGUAAUGUCAUGUUUGAUUGCAAUCUGCUACUGCCUGCUGAGAAGUAACUCAAUUUCCCGAGACUAUGGUUCCUGCUGCAAAGAAUUAUUCAUGCUUGCUAUUCUAACAAACUCUGCUGUGCUUUCUAUCGAUUGAUGUCUGCUCUACCUAUAAAAUAAACCAGUUCAUGCAA